AUGCCGUCGGUGAUGGAGAAGCCCUCGGGGAUCCUGUCCCGCAGCCGGGCCAAGGCGGGGGGCGGCGCGGGGCCCCCCCACUCCGAGGACGAGGCCAGCGAGGACGAGCACGCCCACGACAGCAUGAUCCGGGUGGGAGCCGACUACCAGGCAGUGAUUCCCGACUGCAAACCAGAGAGCCCCGCCCGCUACAGCAACAAGGAGCUGAAGGGGAUGCUGGUGUGGGCCCCCAACCACUGCGUGUCCGACGCCAAACUGGACAGGUACAUCGCCAUGGCCAAGGACAAGCACGGCUACAACAUCGAGCAGGCUCUGGGGAUGCUGCUGUGGCACAAACACGACGUGGAGAAGUCCUUGGCCGACCUGGCCAACUUCACGCCCUUCCCGGACGAGUGGACGGUGGAGGACAAGGUUCUGUUCGAGCAGGCCUUCAGCUUCCACGGCAAGAGCUUCGCCCGCAUCCAGCAGAUGCUCCCGGACAAGCUCAUUCCCAGCCUGGUCAAGUAUUAUUACUCCUGGAAGAAAACCCGGUCCCGCACCAGCGUCAUGGACCGCCAGGCCCGGCGCCUGCUGGGCCGCCGGGACCGCGACGACAGCAACGACGAGACCGACGAGCAGCGACCCAACGCCGAUGGGGACGUGGAGCCUGUGGACCCCAAAAAAGAGGCGGGGCCGCGCCCCAAGGCGGAGCCGCAGUACCGGCACCACCCCCCGGCCCGGCAGCGGCGCCGCCCGCCCCGCGGGAUGCGCCUGAGCCGCGAGGACGUGGCCGAGGUGACGGCAAACCCCGACCUGGGGGCGCGGGCCCUGCGCCAGCUCGACUGCCAGCUGGUGGCCCUGAAACGCCAGGUGCAGCGCAUCAAGCAGAUCAACAGUGGCCUCAGGCAGGCUCUGGACGGGGGCCUGGACGGGCUGCGGCCGCCUGAGGGCAGCAGCAAGUUCAGCUCCCGCUGGACGACAGACGAGCAGCUGCUGGUGGUGCAGGCCCUGCGCCGCUACGGCCGCGAUUUCCCGGCGGUGGCGGCCGUGCUGGGGAACAAAACGGCGGCGCAGGUUCGGAGCUUCGUGCUGGGCCCCCGGCGCCGCCUCGGCCUCGAGCGGCUCCUGCAGGAGCGCCAGGGCCAGGGGGAGCCCCCGGGGGAGCGCCCCGAGCCUGGUGAGGAUGAGGAGGUGCAGAUCAUGGGUGUGUCCCGCCCGGCCCCGCCCCCCAGUGCAGCCUCACGCCCACCGGCCCCACCCCCACUGCUGCGUCCGGCCCCGCCCCCGGCCCCGCCCCCCGCGCUGCCGCGGCCACCGCCCCCCCUCCAGCCUGGCCGGGCCCCGCCCCCGCUGCUCCGUCCUGGUCACGCCCCUUCCGCCAGGCCACGCCCCCCGGCCGCCGGCCACGCCCCACCCCGCUGA